AUGUACGAUAAAAUAGUACUUAUUUUACUUAUUGUUUCGUUAAGUUAUGAAAAAGUCGAAGGAAGGAAAUUGAAGAGAACUCAACAACCAAAAGAAUCGGAUAAUCCAGCCCCACAACCUAAUGUUUUAACGUAUUCCACUUUUGGCUUUAACGACGUUGGGUCCCACGAUGGGUUUAUUGAAACUUCCCCAGAUAAUGCAAAUUAUCUCACUAAAUACAGGGAGACGUCAGAGAAAUUAUAUGCACCGGCGUUUCCGUCGGCCAUGGAUUCUGAUUUUUCAAGUAAUUCUCAGUCUUUAAACGGAGAGGUGACUGGUGGUGGUGAUGGCGCAACAACAACAAGUAUGUCACAAUUUAAUUCUGUAAAUAAUUAUGGUCCUAAUUUUAAUUCAGACAACAAUUUAAAUAAGAACUCGGCCUCUGAUGUAGAUUAUAGUCUAAAUUUAGCAGAAAAUAAUAGGCCAGUUUAUGGGUCAAAGAUAAGCACUGCAAAUAGAAAUAUGUCAUCUAACUGGUAUAAAGACACAGAACCUAAUAAUGGAAUAUCGUAUCAAAAUAAACAUAAAUUUUCAAGUUACCGUGAAUCCCCUUUGUUCAGUGGACAUCUAACAUCGUACAGCGAGUCCAAUGAUAAUAAUCAAUUUAUUCAAAAUUAUGCCACAACCUAUCCGACGACGGAAAUAGAAAAUUCAAUGAAUGCCGAGUCAUUAAAUACGCAUAACCUAUCAAAGUUUCCUAAUAUUGGUGAUUUUACGAAUACUAAAUCAUAUGAUACAUUUGAGUUAGAAAAUAAAUAUUCGUUAGCUACAUCAAAGCCAUUAGAAACAUUUAACUCGAUGGUAAAUAACGUAGGUGACGAUAGGCUUAAUAACUAUUACGAAGACCAUAGUAAUAAAUUAAUAAAAAUAUCUCCAAGUUUUAAAAAUACAUUUGAAAAUAAAGGAAUUGAGAAUAUUAUUUCAUCGAAUCAAAACGUAAACACUAAUCAGGAAUAUUUAAGUAAACAUUCAAAUGUCAAAAAUUAUUUCAAAAAUAAAAAGUUAAAUAAUGAGUAUAAAGAUGAACAGAAAACUAAUCCUUGGAUUCUUGAAAAUGGCAAUAAUUAUGUUAACAAACGCAUUAAAAACCAUAGGAACGGUUAUGAAUAUGCGACAAAUUUUAGCAGUGCAAGUUUCAAGUUUGACGAUAAUGAACCUAAAAAACAGUACAAUUCUAAUAUUGACGAAAUUAUCCCUUCGAGUAGUAAUAUUAAUGAUUUUACAAAUUACAAGUUUCCUGAAACCGAAUAUUUAAAUUUUAAAGCUAAUCCCAGCUUUAGAAAUACGUUUAACAAUGACAACUCAGGUGAAUUAUCUUACAUAAUAGGAAAUAAAUAUAACCCAUCCCCUGAUUACUUAAACAAAUUUAAAAAUGUACACAGUAAUGUACCGACUUCUAUAACAAAUUGGGGAAAUGUUUUUAAAUCCACGGACUACUCAUCUUAUAAAAAACAUAUUCCGAAAGCUCAAUUUAACGAUGAGGAAAACUUUGACAUUGUACACAUACCAAACGGGCAAAAUAAUUAUAGACAUGGUAAAGAUUCAUCCGACGGUAUUGCGAACGAUUGGCCAAUAUAUAAUAACAAGCCGAGUAUAUUGCAAAGGCCGAAAAAUGAAUGGAGUAAAGAAAGUUUUAAUAACAGAUUCAAAUCAGAAGAGGAUUUAUUAGGAUUGAGAAACCAUGACACUUCACACCCCACUUACCUGCCAUCAUUUCAGUACCCUGUAACAGACAACCCUGAAGAAAGUUUCAAAACUACCGUAGAAAAAUGGAGAGAGAACUAUAUUAAAUCAAAGUAUCAUGAUACUCCAACGUACGAUUAUGAAGCUUCCGAAGCAAAAUACUUUCAGCCAUCAAAUCCCUAUCAAGUUCCAGUACCAGUAGUAAAACCGUAUCCAGUACCAGUUCCUCAAGUUAGGCCGGUGUUCCAUCACUCACGGCCGUAUCGCGACGAAUUCGACUUGGACCAAGACUUUGAUGACGGCGAGGAAUAUCUUCCGCGACCAGAGAGCAGUAAAGUUGUUUAUAAUAAAAGACCUAAAAGUCCACGGCAUCGUUCACGAAGACCAUCCCGCAUGUCCCAACAAGAACGUAGUAAGGGAAGAAGACCGCAGCGUGGACCAAACGGCUCCCGCGAAAAGGAUGAUCAUCGCUAUGUGCAAUCUCCUUUAACAGAUUACCAGCACUUCAGGAAUCACGAUGGCGACUUUGAUGCCGAACGUGAACACAGAGAAUACUUACUUUACUGUAAAAGAACUGAUGAUGAAAUCGAGGAAGAAUUGCAUCGCUUGUUUGGUCUCGAUGAUCCUGAGAUACGAGUAUCUGAAGAUGAGUUAGAGCCGGAAUCAGAAAAUAUUUCAAACUUAGAUGUAAUUAAUAUACUAAAUGAAUGGAUUCAACUCUUGCUCAACUAUGUGCAAUGA